AUGAUGGAGUACAAAUCUAUUAUAAUGGCGUGCCUUGGUAUGAUUAUUGCUGCUAUAUUAAUCAAGUAUAAAUAUGAACAAUUUAAAUUAGAAAGGUUAAAGAUUGAAACUAUUUACAACGAGGUCUUAAGAAAAUUGAGAAAGCAAUAUAAGGUAUCUAAGAGUACUAAUUAUAAAGUUCCAUCUUACAUAGGAUCAACACAGUUAAGAGAUUUGAUAUUGACUAAUGAAACUAAUUUGACCAGAAAGCUAACGCUCUGGAAUAAGAUCAGUAAUAAAAUUGAGAACAAUUCAAAUAUAAGGUACCAUUUAAUUGAAAAUCAUGGAGAGAUAAUGAAGGUCUGGGAAUGGAUCACUGAUAUGGAAAUACAUGAUUGA